AAUGUUGGCCAGUCAAAUUCCUAACGAGGGUGACAUCGGUCACUAAACGUGUGCUUUUUCUGCCACGUCAUCGUCAGCCAAUAGACUUUGUGUUAUCGUGAAAUUACGUAUAAGGAAGUUUCUACGUUUGUUCCGAGCCAUGGAGAAGAACGCUAAGUUUCCGUUACGUUCAAACGAUGUGGUACGUGACGUCACUUUGGCCAAUGACGACGGUCUACUGGCAGACGAGGAGACACUGUCUCUGUCACAAUUUGCUGUGAGUCGUGAAAUCGGCAAAGGGCAAUUUAGUCAGGUGUAUUCAGCCACAUUCCGACCCUGCCCUCAACGCCAAGUUGCAAUCAAACGUGUCGAGCUGCUCGAAAUGGUCGACUCCAAAGCACGGGCCGACUGCCUCAAAGAAGUUCAACUGCUUAAGCAACUGAAACAUCCGAAUGUGGUGCGCUAUUUGGGUUCGUUCGAAGAAAAGCAAUCCGGCCAGCUGCUGAUCGUGCUUGAGCUAGCAGGUGCGGGAGAUUUGGCCAAAUUUCUCUUCAGCUGUCAACGUCAUUCCAGACUUAUGACAGAACAAGCCAUUUGGCGAUUUUUUGUUCAAAUCGCUUCGGCCCUCUCACACAUCCACGAAAAACGAAUCGUUCAUAGAGACAUCAAGCCGGCCAAUGUCUUCUUAACUUCGGACUUGACCGUGAAACUGGGAGACUUGGGUCUUGGGCGCUUCUUCAGCAGCAAAACAUUUGCAGCGCAUUCGCUUGUCGGGACUCCAUAUUACAUGAGCCCUGAGCGACUCAAUCAAUGCGGCUAUGAUUUUUCAUCGGAUAUUUGGUCACUUGGCUGUCUCCUUUAUGAGAUGGCAGCGCUCCAGCCGCCUUUCAAUUGUUUCAAGUCCAACUGGAACGCACUUCGCCAAAACAUCGAACGCUGUGAAUACCCGCCAUUGCCGUCUGAUCGCUACAGCGAUGACAUGCGCCAUUUGGUAGGAUCCUGUUUGCAACGCGCUCCCACCGAACGGCCAGACGCCCUAAAAGUGUUUUGUAUUGCCAAAACACUUUAUUUGCAAUCGUCAGUGGAUAAAAUUCCGGUAGUUGAUCCAUCAUCUCGUCGCCAUUGUUCGUGAACAACAAAAAAAUGAUUCUGGAAUUUUAAAGAAAAUCAUUUUUACUCGCAGUCAUAAACAAUUUUUCGUGGGAGAUAUGGCGUAGAAUUUGAAAUAGUCCAUCACAAUGUUGAACAACAUCCGUCUCGUGUAAGAACAACAACAGACGGUAAGCCAAAGCUUUCUUGAUGUGGUCACUGAAAAUGAAGUGAAAGCUGGAGCGGAUUAGUUUCUCCGCGUCUUGUUCCGAAUAUCCAUCCACAGUGAGUAGUUCCGUACCGCACGAUUUCCUGAUUUACGAUCUCCGUCAGUCUUUUUGUAGCUUGUUUUUUUUUUCAAGUUUCAUGUCAUUUUUUUUUAUUACUUCUCCGCGUUCCAAAUCCGUGUUAUGUCAUUUUACGGAAAGGCAGAUGUGCUAUAGCGUUCAGCUUGUUUAUAUUUGUCCUGUAUAUUAUUAUAUGAGUUUUCCCAUCUUGCACGAACUCCAUCAUCAAACGCAAUGGUCAUUCAAAUGGAAAUAGAGAAAUGAGAGGAUGUUCUAGUGUAGUGAGCAUUAAUGACGUAUCCGGCUGGUGUUAUGGCUUGCACAGAGGCAAUAGCGGGCGCUGGUAAACGGGAAACAGCCCGCCUCACCCAGCCUGGUCGUGAUCCCUCCUCUUUGCUCGCUCAACUUAUCCAGAAAGACACGCAUGCGCGAGAAAACCAACGUCUGCGGUGUAUUGAUGAGGGUUUGGUGGUGGUGGGCGGCCCAAAAGAAUCACCAAUUUCUCCAGGUGUAUGCCUUAACUUUUAUGUUGUUUUUCGGUUAAAUUUUUAAUUUUAUUUCUAAUUUUUUGUUCACUGUCCUUUUCUUUCCUUCUCUUUCCUUCUUACUGCCGUCUAAGGUAAGCUCCCCUUGUUUUCAAAGAAGAGAUAGGACUCAACAAGAAAAAGCUAUACGGGAAAACUAAUACUUUCCUCCCUUAGGGCCCGUUGCGGUGAAAUUCCAGAAGAACAAGAAACAAAAAAAAAAGAAGAAUACAUAAGAGAAGAGGAGGAAGAAGAAGAGAUUGAACAAUUCCGAGGGGCGGCUCCGGCCUUUCGAAGGGAUCUUUCCCUUGUUUCGAUUUUCUCGCAUAGGUGUAUAUGUGCAUUGUAUACUACCAUAUGUAUGUAUACGUAGAUACCAAGUUAUCUUUUUUUUUUUCUUUCGGGUUUUCGAGUGACCCCCAGGUUUUCCAUUUUUCACUCCCCCUGCUGCUGAGCUGCCUCGUAGCAAUUCUCUUUCUCUCUCUCUUUCUCUCUCUUUCGUUCCUUUACGGUUUUGUGGUGCUCACCAGAGGAUCAGCCUACUCGGUUGGGGCGUGUGUGUGUGUGUCUUGAAUGGGCGAAAGAGAGGCGAUGUACCAGGGCAACGUUAUAAGUAAGUGGGGACACGCUGGUUACUAUCCCAGACAAGACGGGUACUCUCUGUAGGUCGCAUGCACGCUCCUUAGACUCUCCCGAAGGAAGACAACCUAACCUUCUGCGUAUUGGUCUACAUUUAGUAUCAAUUCAAUUCAUUCGGCAUUGGUUUCUUCG